UUGCAUAAUCUUCAUUAUUCCAGAUAUGAAGAUAGUUUGACCACAAAAAAGCAACAAAUAAGAUAGGAUCGUACAACAUCAGACAAUCUGCCAUGAAACUUUCCGACCUGACAUGCUUUCAAUAAUCGUUUCAUCAAUCAUCGAAACCACUUAGAUAACGGAUUCAGUUGACUCCAGAAUUUGUCAUUGAAAUGAAAAGAUGAAAAACGUUUGCAUUAGGUCAACCGUCAAAGAUCAUCGGUGAUGACUAAAACCAUAUACCCAAAUCAUGGCUAAACAUGGCAAGACAUUGUCCUUACGUUAACGAAUAUCAGUUUCAUAUAUUCACCUUCUCAUCCAAACCCAGCUAAUAGAAUAGUCUUCUCAUACUUCAUCCCCUCGAUAUAACUUAUAUAACCCACGUUUCAAAAUCCCAUUUCAUUCAUUCCCCACCAUCUCCCUCCAAUCCUAUUCCAUAAUCAAGAGCCCUUCUUUCAGGCUUAGUUCAAGAACAAGAGCUUAAUUUGGUUACUUGGAACGUACGUACAACAAUGAAUCUAAGCUGUCUUACCUGCAGCCAGGUUCUUGAAAAGACAGAUUCGUACAGGGAGUAUGCCUCAGAAAAGGCCAGCCUUAGGAACGUCCGUCGAACGCCGGUGGAGAGAACAUGGUCAGGGAAUAUUGCUCGGGAAGAUCAAGGCCAAACACGAGGACUUUUGGUGAAGAUCAAGAGAGAACAUCGGCGUGCUCACAGUACGGGAUCUGCUGCUCUUCCGGGCAGCGUCGAGCCAAGGCUGGUGAGGAGCCCUGGGAUAAGAAGAGACUGGAGUUUUGAGGAUUUGGCGGGCAAGGAUGAAGAGGGAGUCAUGUGUCGCUAAACUGAUGAAACGUCUCAACAAAUUCAGAACCAUUCAUAUCUUUCUUCUUUCUCUUCCUUCUUCAGUGUUUCAUUCAUUUGUAUAUCUUGAUUCAUUUAUGUUGGCGCGAGAUGACUCAAAAGACGUAUAUUCAAAGGGGGGGGGGGAGGGUGGUUUGUGCAUUGUAGAUCGGUGUUUCAAGCGCUUGAUACGAAUUCAUCAUGCUGCUUUUUUUUCACACCACCAAUUCUUUAGAUAUCGAGUUUGCAGAGCAAUUUCCGCAUUACAUUUUUAAGCCUUUGGCAACGAAAAUUACAUUCUAUGUGUAAAUUUUAUUUAAGAGAGCAGCAACGCAAUACAAAUUAAUGGACGCAAAUGACAGUGUCUGG